UUUUUGCGAUAGUUUGGGGAAAUAUUGUAGGCGUUGAUUUCGUUUACGUUCAAAACUUGGUGUUCUGGAACGGCAUUGUUCUUCCUCUCUGUGACGACUUGUUUUGGAGACCACAGCGCAAAAGUGACAACAACAAGAAGUCAAUCCAUCAGUCUCGGGGUGGUUCUGAGGGGGAAAGAAGGGACAUUUCUUGUUUUUUUGGCGGGACAUUGUAACCUGUGACGUCAUGAGGAGCCGACCAGACUUCCAGAGUAUGCAGGGAUGGACUCCUCAUGAUCAGAUCGACCAGCUGAGGUCCAAACUUUCCCUGAAAGACCGUGACAGACAGGCGUACUAUGAGGCGUCCCAGCGAGCCAUCGCGAAGAACGAGAACCUGGUCCUGGCGCUGCACGCCGGGAACAAGGACCACAGGGUGGCACUGGCAGAGUCGCAGAACGUGAGGAUAUGUCUUUGUACUUUCCUUAAACUUAACAAAAAGUCUUUCCAUCUUACAACAAACCUAGACUUUCUCAAUGACUUCCCACCAUAGCGUGUGGCACUGGCA